AUAUAGUCCGGCGGCUGCUGGUCGAUCAUCAGAUCGGUUUUCCUCUCUCCAGAGACCAGAUGGAGUCGGUUACGUUUGUGCUAUGCCUCCUGGUGUUGGGCGCCCACGCGCUGCUGGUGUUUGGCGUGGAAUGCAAUAUUGACGGUCACAAGUUAAAUGGUGGAGAGAAGUACACACCGAAAGGUACCUGUAUGGAGUACGAGUGUCAUGGCAAUGGGGCCGUUUCGCUCGUUGAGUGUCCCAUGGAGCUUUCCAUCAAGGCCUGCAAGGAGGUGGAGGAGGACUUGUCCAAGCCAUAUCCCUCCUGCUGUUCCUAUUUCGAGGAUUGCUGAAAUACUGGAAACUAAAUCCUCGCUACCAUGGAAAAAGCUUUGAUUUUCCUCGAUAAGUUUACAAAGUGGAAAAGUGAAAAAACGUUGACUUACAAAAACCAAAA